CAGUUUGAAUCGCGGGAGCGGUUGGAGCGAGAUGGCUGCGAACGGGCGGAGCUACGAGGCUCAGAUCCGGAAUUACCAAGGUCCAGACCCGCUGGAGCCCUGGGACAGGUACGCUCAGUGGGCAGAGGGAUGUCUCCCGCUCCAGGAAAAGCAAUCCCUGUGGCCCAGGCUCCUGGAGGAGCUGGUGAAGACGUUCCUGGACGACACGAGGUACCAGCAGGACCCGCGGUUCAUCAAGUACUGCAUCAAGCUGGCAGAGUUCAUCUCUCCCCCUGGCCAGUAUUUUGAGUACCUGCACGGGCAGGGAAUCGGAGCAAAGUCCUCGGAUUUCUACGUGGCUUGGGCUCAGCAGCUGGUGAGCGAAGGCAACGUGCAGGGGGCAGGAGCUGUGCUUCAGAAAGGGCUCCACAACCAGGCAGAGCCCGGGGAGAAGCUGCAGCAGCUCCACUGCUGGUUGCAGAGUUCUGAUCCUGGGAAUCAUCCUUUGCGAGGUGCUGCUGUUGUAAAACCACUUCAGACUUCCAAUAAUGUGAAUCAAAUGGAUCCUCAAAAAGAGGGUUCAGAUGUUAAUCCCUGCAAAAAUCAGGGUCCUGAUGCUGCUGGUUCUCAGCCCUGCCCUGCUGGAAAAGAAGAAGUGAGGUACAUCACCUACAUCUCCAGAUCCGAGGUGCUUCCCAAGCCACCUUCUCCUGGGGCUGCUGAGCGCAAGCAGGUCCCGAUGUACGCCAAGGACCUGCUGCUGUGCGAGGGCUCCGAGCUCUCCUUCGAGGAGCUGAGGGCCCAGAGAUACUUCAGGAGAUACGAGCGCCUCAGGAGGCAGAAACAACUUGAGGAAGAGGAGAGAGAGACCAUGAGGAAAAAGGAGUCGGCUGUGCUGGAACUCCAGGCCCUGCAGAAGAGGCUGGAAGAGCUCACCCAGCUCAGCAAAAACCUGAAGGAAACCAGGCUGAAACCAGGAGCUGAACCAAUCCAGAGGGUGGUACCCCUGUGUGCCAGGCCCAGCACAGCCCUCCCAGGGAACUGCGUGGCACCUGCUCCAACCUCAGGUGUGCCCAAGGUGCCAGAGCAGCCCCAGCCCAGUGUUGGCCCAGCCCCUGCUCCCACCCUGCCGCCAGCAAAGCCCCUCGGCCGCCGGCUCACAUCGGCCUCCCUGUGGGAAGGAAGGGAGAAGAAGGACAGAGACAGAGUUCAACCAGAGCUUGGGGAGCUCCAGAAGAGUCUGGUACACCCUCCCUUCAGUGGUGCCUCAGCUGAGGAACGGGCACAUCCCAACUCAGCUCUGCAGCAGCACCCUAAGAGAUCCACUGGAUUGACUCCUGCUGUGGAUGUGAAGGAAGCCUGCAGAGGUGGAAAUUCCUCCUUUGCCUCUGGAAAUGCUUCCCAGGCCACCCCGAACACCUCUCUGGCAGGAGGGACGCAGGCGACGCCCUUCAAAGUGCAACCAUCACCCACGGUGCACACGAAGGAAGCCUUGGGCUUUCUCAUGGACGUGUUUCAAACACCCAUAUUGCCUGAGCUAUCACCCCUGGACAAGAGCAAUGAAGAACUAGAAACCUUUUUCAGGAAAAAUGAGCCUGAUGGGUGUUUGAAAACUAAUGCUGCUGUCCCUGUCACUCCUACAUUUUCCAUCUUUCAGGAUGAGAAUGAGAAGGAAAACAGCAGCAUCCCACAGCACAAGAACAAGCCAGAGGAGCCCAGAAGUCUUGGACAACAACACUUGACUGACUGUGCAGCAGAAGAAGAGACGGGGACCACGGAAUUCCUGAGGGAUGAUUACACAGUGUGGAACAUCCAGUGCAGCAACAAAACCUUGGCUGCCAGUCCAAACAACACCAGAGACUUUGCACGAGCUGCCCAGCUCGUCUCGACGCCCUUCAGCUACCUGGCAGCUCGUUCCCUACAACCUUUGGGGGACAGAGCCCGUGGGGAUGACCUGCCACAGAUGGAUUUGGAGUUCUCUGGGGAAGUGCACAAACAGACAAAAACCAAGAAAUUAAGCCACGCCACAGAGCAAAGGGAGCUCCAGGAAAACAUCUUGAAACGUGGGAAUGGCAUUCAGGGAAUUGUUGGAGCUGGUUCUCAACGACAACAGGGGCAGAGAACCACGAGCAGAGCUGAAUCUUCCUGUGCAGGGCUGGAGAGAACUUCCCAGGAGAAGCUGUGUGGAGGUGGUACAGCCCAGAGAGCGGGAGCUGCAGUCCUUGUGGAGAACCCUUGGGAUAAGGCAUUGAUUGCCAAGUUCUUGUCGGAGCUUCCCAAGCCUCUCCACACCUACACCAACUACUUUGAGUGGAAAUCUCUCCUCCCAUUGAUCACACUGAAGGCUGAGCUCCCACUGGGUUCCAGCUCAUUCCAUGUGGAUUGCUUGGUCGGAGAGGGAGCUUUUGCCCAAGUCUAUCAGGCUUCCCUCCUGGAUGCCAAUAACCCUCGGAACAACCAGAAAGUCGUGUUCAAGGUCCAGAAACCUGCCAACCCUUGGGAAUUCUACAUAGCAACCCAGCUGGUGGAAAGGCUGGACCCCAGCCUGCACCACCUCUACACCCACUUUUAUUCUGCUCAUUUCUUCCGGAACGGGAGCAUUUUGGUGGGUGAACUCCACAGCUAUGGAACGUUGCUGAACGCCAUCAACCUUUACAAGAGGAUUCCCGAGAAGGUGAUGCCCCAAGCCCUGGUGAUCUACUUCGCCGUGAAAAUCCUCCGCAUGGUGGAGGAGCUCCACAGCUGCCGGAUCAUCCAUGGGGACAUCAAACCCGACAACUUCAUCCUUGGGGAAAGGUUUCUGGACAAUGACACCUGCGACAUAGAUGGGCUCUCUCAUGGCUUGACCCUCAUUGACUUUGGCCAGAGCGUUGACAUGAAGCUCUUCCCCGAGGGGACGGCGUUCACCGCCCGCUGCGAGACGUCUGGGUUCCAGUGCGUGGAAAUGCUGACGCGGAAACCCUGGAACUACCAGACAGACUACUUUGGCAUCGCAGCCACGAUUUAUUGCAUGAUCUUCGGCACCUACAUGCAAGUAAAGAACGAAAACGGAGUCUGGAAGCCCGAAGGAACCUUCAGGAGGCUUGCCAAUGCUGAGCUGUGGAAGGAGUUCUUUGAGACAUUGCUGAACGUCCCCAGCUGCCACAGCCUGCCCUCACUCGGAGCCCUGCGCCAGAAGCUGAGGGACUUAUUCUGCACAUCCUACAAAAAGGAAAUAAGGUUCCUUCGGAACAGACUCGUUGUGCUGCUCAUCGAAAACAAACGCUCCCGAAAAUGACUGUCUAUUUUUCAUUUUGCACAGUUACCGAAGGCUCGGUGUUUUACGGCUGCCAGAUGUUUUUGUGAUAACUUGAUUUCAAAUAAAUGGUUUUGGCGUUGACUUCAGCAAUGGUGA